UUACUUACGUCAUAUGUGGUUGACAGCUGUCACUUUCGGCAAGUCACAAUUCGUUGUUUUCCAAAUAUUACAGUAAAAAAACAUGAGUGAGUUAGUGUGGGGCAUCAAGAACGGUGAUUUGGAGCAAGUUAAGGAUAUCGUCGAGAAAAAGGCUGUUAACGUAAAUGAACAAAUAGAUGGGCGCCCCCCGAUCCUUUACGCCGCCGACUACGGCCAGACUGACGUAAUACAGUAUUUAAUCGCGGCAGGCGCCGACGUCAACUCGAAAGACAAACACGGAAUCACAGCGAUCCUAGCCGCCAUCUGGGAGGGCCACAAAGACUGCGUCAAGCUCCUCUUGGCGAACGGAGCAUCGAAAAAUGGGGUAGCCCCCGACGGAAAGACUUAUAUCGAAUCUGCCGAUAAUAACGAAAUUAGGCAGUUGCUGUCGUCCUAAAUUAUUUAUAUGCUUAUUGACGCUGUCCUAGAUAUUCUAAAGAGAGUUAAAAAAAUCGAAUGCAAUAGAGUGCUUAUUUAUGUUUUAUUAAUCUAAAUUUCAAUAAACGUUUUUUUGUAUUA